CACAGCCUCAGUUGACGUCGUUGCGUGUUGGCUGCCAGCGUAAAAGACACAACCUUCACGUCCGUUGCGAAGAAAGUCAAUAAAAAACGAAAUUAACAUAACUUGUGUCCAAAUUAAAUAUGUGAAAAACGCAAAACGGAGUGAAUUAAAAUUACAUUCAGCUAAUGCUGAAAGCCAUGUGAAUUGUCGCUUGAAGGUGACGAAUGGAAGUAUUGAUGAAUGUCAAGUGAAGAAAAUCCAAUCAAUACAAAUUCAGUGUCAAGCUUGUUAAAAGCCAACAAGGCCUGUGUCGCCCACAACACACGGCUAAAAGGAAAAACGGCAACGACAAAACGGCAAAACGGGCAGAAAAGCGAAAGAAAAAAUAAAACGGCCAAAAUAGACGCAUUCUGUGUGUGUCGUGAAUGUGUUUGUGUGUGUGUGUUGUGGCAUGCUCGAGUUUAAAUUUGCAUUAGGUGUUGGUUUUGGUUUUGGCCCACUUUAGCUGCCAAAUCGAUUUCUACUUAAAUAUUAUGAAACACCUGCGCGACAACCACUGUGACCUCUGAAGCUGCCCUCAGGACAGUGUUAACGUUAACGGCAUUUUGCACUACCAGUGUUAAUCAAUAGAACCAGCUGCAGCCGAGCAUAAGUGACGAUGACGUUAUAAUCAGGCAUUCGCUAUGAGGUUGAGACGCUGCAGAACUUAGCGCAUAUAUGCCGAAUCGGCCCUAAAACCAUUCACAAUUUCAAGCCAUAUCGUAUUGGAGUACCAGAGAGAAGAGGUAGAAGAGGAGGAGCGAAGCUUUAAAGCAAAAUGUGGACUAGAGAAAACGCAGCCAGCAAGUGGCUGCUGGCCUUGGCAGCCAUCUUUGGAUUUCUAACAUUCGUAUGGAUUCCAUCUGCCUCAGCCGAAUGUCAAACGCGUUCGAUUUACUGUUACGAGUGUGAUUCCUGGACGGAUGCACGCUGCAAGGAUCCCUUCAACUACACCGCCCUGCCCCGCGAUCAGCCGCCUUUGAUGACCUGCAACGGCUGCUGUGUGAAAAUGGUGCGGCAUCAGAGAUCACCGUACGAGGUGGUGCGACGCAUGUGUACGUCACAGUUACAAAUCAAUUUAUUCAUGGUCGAUCACGUGUGCAUGAUGGAAAGUUCAGGCAAUGGACAUAUGUGCUUUUGUGAGGAAGAUAUGUGCAAUUCUAGUCAAAGUUUCAAGUCAUUCGCAAGCCACGGUUACCAGCAUUACCUCAUGAUCAUCACAGUGCCAUGGCUAAUACAUCGACUCGUAGUACAGUUUGUGCACAGUUAGACAGAAUACAGAACAUGACAAAAGAAAAUCAACACAAAAAAAAUGAAAAAGAAAAGACUACUUAAUCCGACAGAACACAACAAGAGACAAAUUCAUGAACAGAACAAA